UAAAUAUUAAGAAUUUCCCCUUGAGAAAGUUUGUACUCGACCAGGUUCAGGAUUUUUAUAUCUGCUACUACCCGAGCUUUAUGAUUUGUAUCUAUGAAAUCUGUGCCUGUGUUCUUACCAGCCUCUCUCUGUAAGUGCACAUAACAUUUUAAAUGAUACAACACAUCAUUUGCUAGAGCGUCUGAUGGAUUACAGGCUGAAUUCAGUCGCAUUUUUAUAUCUUUUUUCUGAAUUGAUGAUGCAUAUUCAAAUAGCCGUUGACCCAUAGGAAUCGUUGAUACUUUGAUGCAUUUCUCCUAUUUUAUGUUGACAUAUGACACAUGCCUUUCUGUUAUAUUCUAUGUGCUGUGAUCGCAACAAACGCUGUGACUCUAGAUUUUACGUAGGUAAUAACCCCUUAGGUCGCCCAGAUGAUCUCCUACUCGUACUGGCAUGAGUACGACUAUUAUUAAAUAACUAACUCACAUAACGAUCACUAUAUUUUCUUUCUGUAUAUACUUUUGUUUUUGUCUUGAUAUUACAAAUUACUAUUCUAUAAAAGUUCAACAGAUUUUAUGUAUCAGGUUGAGUUUAAUGAAUAGGAAACAUGCAUAUCAUACAUAAAAUAGUAUUAGUGAGUUUCUACAUCAUUCUGUGUGUCCAUUGCAAUACACAAGACAAAUUUAUUUUUGGAAAGCAGAAUUUAUGACGUAACUAUGAGGGAACCAAGUUUUGUAUUUCUUUGAUUUCUGAUUCUGAUUCAAGACUAAACAACACUCUUUCUACUUAGAAAUAUUACAGUAAAUUUCCAUAAAAGCACUAUUUAUCAACAGAAACAUGACAUUUAGAUGGUCCUCAAAGGCCAAAAUUAGUCAUUUCUGUACAAAAUAGAUCUGGUCUGUAAAUUAUACCUAAAAUUAAUAUAAAAAAUUGGCAUUAAGGUGAAUUUGAAUCUUCAUAGAAAUGUUAGAAAGAAUCUAAAAAAAUUGCUUCUAGCCAAAAAAUCCAGCGGGAUCCAAUAUAGCUAUAAUUGCCCCCACACUAGUUCUCAAAACGGUGAAAUUAUCAUUACAAACAGCAGGCUUCAAACUCGCUACUUGCGCAUACGUAGGACAGAUGGAGAGCGGCACACGAAAGUCGGAUUGGGAGUGUUUCGACAGAAUUUAUAAUCAUCAUAUCGUCCACACCAUAUACCGCAAAAUCUGGGUGAAACGAAAUCAAUCAACUUCCAAGUCUAAAGUGGAUCGAUUUCUCUCCGGAGUGUUAAAAUGUAACAUAACACAACAUAACACUUUAAAAAUGGCGGGAAAUCAAUGUACAGAACAAAGAAGAAUAUUGUUAAUUUUCUGACUAAACUUUUUUUUUAUUGGUUCUUUGUCAUUCGUGUGUGGGCACCCUGAACAUGAUACUACACGUUUUUUUUAUGAGAAACAUGUUUAUAAGAAACCUACCAGAAUUCUUCAAAAAUUAAGAAACUUUUACUACUACAUUCUAUGUCUAUUUCUGAAAUAAGAAACUUUUUUCUAACUAAUUCUUACAAUUAAUUGAAGAAAAUGUUACAAUCAUCACUGGGGAGAGACUUUGAAACAAAAAAUGCUAUAUUUUUUUCAUUUAAAACCAACUAGUCCAAAGAUUAAAGAAACUUUUAGAACUAGCUAAUUAUUUGAUAUAAGAAACCUAUAUUUUACUGGGAAAAUUAAGAAAUUAAAUAAGAAAUUUUUGGAACUAAAAACAUGGAAUUUCAGCCUACAAAUAAGAAACUUUUAGAACUAGGCCCUUCGCCAGGUUUCUUAUAUAUAUAAAAAAAGUAAUUACUCACUGCAUGUGCUAGCAAAGUAGAUUUCGUUUACUGCGGUCUAAAGCAUCCUGCGUUAAAUCUUAAUCGAUAUGCUAUGAUAUUAGAUAAAGCAAUAAAAUAAGGAAAAAACCCACGAGGAAUUUCUUGGCUGAUGAAAUUGAUUUGAUAAAAAACGCUUUAUAAAAGACAAAAAAAAUAUUUUGGGGAUCCUUUAAACGAGUACAGUUUAGAAAAAAUGAUUACAUGUCACAGACAAGCACAGACUUGAAUUCUUAAUCUUAGUUAGGUUCAGAAAAGACUUGUUUUAUUUUUUAGGAAACAUAUCACACACAUAGAUUUUUUGCCACAAUGAAGAUACAUAUAUUACUGUUCUUGUUGAUGUGUUUAUGUGUUCUUGGUUUGGUUUUUGUAACAUGGCAAAAUCCAGAAUGGCCUUCUUUUACUAUUGGUUUUUCAUACAAGAAAGAUCGCAGCAUUCCUCGCAGUUUAAAACAGCAGACCAGUUCACAGGAAUUUAUUCCACAGCCUCUGCCAACACCAAGAGAUCGUACUGCAAUUAUCUCAUAUAUCCCAAACAGCAUGAAUCAAGUAUAUCAAUUCGUGUCUAUGUUAUAUGGCUCAUGGAAAUAUUUUACAGAUUAUCGAGAUAAACUUAUCAGUCCAAUUAAAAGGCAUAAAGUAAUGCAUGUAGAUUUGUUGACAUUUUGUCAUCCGUUGAUAUGUCCAAACUUAGAACACAUAUGCGAAUUGUAUACAAAAAGUGUCAACUCUACCACGCCUCCUAAAUGUUGGUUUGUUGAACAAGAAUUUGAAAUGGAUGUUCCAUACGGACCAAUCAAUUCUUUUGUUAUGUUCAAUAGGACGGAUGUAGAUGAGUUGAUGAAGCCGUACAAAUAUCUUUUGCGAACUGACCUUGACGUGUUUUUAUCGCCUGCCAUUUUAAUUUGGAGGCCAAAUAAAAGAAUUAUAACAGGUCAAGGUGGAUAUUGUGACCCAUUUAACAUGAAAAGAUUAAAAGCUAUUGCAAGUAAAUUAAAUAUGGUACAUCGAGGCGUACAUUGUGUUGGUUCGACUUGGUAUGGCGAGACAAAACUUUUCACAGUAGCUUCUAAGAAGACAUUAGAAAUGACAGCACAUAUGUAUUUAAAUGAAUUUCAUCCAACUGCACCUGGAUUGGAAACUAUUAAUUUCACAGCAAAUCGUGAAGGAGAAUGGGUAAGAUGGUGGAGACCAGUCUCCCUCCUGUACGGUGCUGAACUUGCUCUAAAUCAUUUAAUUGAAGAUUUUUCUAUAAAAUACAAACAAGAGCUUGAUACACCAUCCUGUAGCAAGAAGAGUAUUUGGGAAACUCCUCACAUUCAUUGUUGGCACGAUGAUUGUGAAUUUCAAAAAUUUAAAUUUAUAAGUAAUCUAAACAAAGCUAUCAGUGGUAGAGACAAUAUUCCAGGAGACGUCGUUCAUAAGAUUAUUGAAGGUAUAUAUUUUCAAAAUGUGACUAAUAUGAACAUCAAACAGUAUACGACAUAUAUUGCAUGGUCUUCUGUUGGAAAGUAUCUCAGGAAAAAAUUUCUAGAAUAACCA